AUGGAGAUGCCUGCUGAAGAAAUAUAUCUGAAGGCCGAGGAAUACUGGGCGAAAACUGCAUCCGAUGUCCAAGGAAUGCUUGGAGGCUUUGAGAAGUUGCAUAUUCCAGAUAUUAACGAAUCCAAGGCGUUUCUCAGUGCGCUCCGAAGUUCGGUAAGUGUUUUUGGUGUUAUGCUUGAAGUUUAGGCACUUCUGGAGUGGAAUAAGGUCGAAAUUAUGUUUAAAAAUGAGGUUAUCUCCGUGAAAGUCCGUUGUUUGCGAUUUAGUCACCUCUUUGAUGAGCUAUUUGUUUGAUUUUGGCUUGAAUUGAACGGGAUAUUGAGGGCAAACACUGUUUUCAAAACAAUGCAGGCCUAAUGUGCUCUUACUCUUACGAAAUUUAAUUAGUAUACGUUUAGUUCAUAGAAUUUUUGAAACCUGUCCGUUAUUGAUAAUAUUUCACGGUCUUUCAAUCAGUCGGGUCUUGUUUUUAUUACAAUUUUUCCAAAAACAUUUUCUCUAUCACCUAAAACAAGGUAAAUUGAUAAGAAACGCAAUAGAUUAUAAUUUUUGUUUUCCAGGGCCACUUAACUUCCUUUGACACGGCGUUGGACUGUGGAAGCGGCAUUGGGAGGAUAACAAAGCAUCUUCUUUUGCCGAUGUUCAAAAGGGUGGACAUGGUGGAUGUAACGGACAAAUUUAUUGAAAACUCUGCGAAAUACAUUGGCCCUGAGAAUUCACGAGUUGGUCAGAAGUUUGUAGAAGGUCUGCAGACGUUUGAGCCCUUGGCUGCGACAUAUGAUGUGAUCUGGAAUCAAUGGGUUUUGAGUCAUCUAACGGAUGAAGAUUGUUUGGAUUAUUUCAAGAGAUGCGUGGUAAGUCGAACCUUUUUAGUUGAUUUUUUUGAAGUUUAGGAAGGAAUAAAGCCCAAUGGAAUAAUAGUCGUCAAAGAAAACCUAACUUCAUCAAGUACGAGGGAUUUUGAUAGUGAAGAUCACAGCUGGACGAGGACGAAAGAAGAGUUCCUCCAGCUAUUUGAAGACGCAGAUUUGGAUAUUAUUAUGGAUAGGAAGCAAAGAAACUUCCCUAAGGGCAUGUAUGAAGUGAGAAUGUGGGCGCUAAAGCCGAGGAAGCAGGAGUAA